CAGAAGGGCUCAAGGAGAACUCCAAGAGGGCGCUGGCAGAGACCAAGAGAGCCCAAGACUGCACCCGGGGACUCCUAAGUCAUUCUGGAUCAAGCCGCCCAGGCUCGGGUCGACCUGUUUUCGUGAGUCUUUCGCGUAAAGUAUUCAUCAGCCGUACUAUAUUGAUAUAUAUCUUUGUGCUUCGUGGUCGGCACGAUCCUGGCCAUGUGCGCUCCUUCGAAGGUUCCUGUGCUUCUGAGCGUCGCGCUGGCAGUGGCGGACGUGAGCGCUGUGCUGGUGAGAAGACCGCACGAGGAGAGCGCGCCGAGUUGCCAGGAUCAGGAGGGGAAAAAACACACAGACACAAUUAAUCGUCGAUCCCCAGGAAAAUAUGCGAAAAUAUGGGAAUUGGGGGGGAAGACAAAAACCCAGAAAAUAUUAGAAAAUAUGGGGAAUAUGUUUAUUUGUGUGUAUUUAUUUGUGUGUCCUGGGGCCCCUUUACAGGAGACUGACGAAUGUAAUACUGAGUUCGUUAAUUCUUAUGGUUUUCUUACCGCUAUGGAUGUGCGGCCGUCGAAGCCCGAUAAUGAUGCGCCCAGAGUGGAUCCAGACGAUUACGUGGGGAAGAUCAAGAAUCACAGCACCGUAUAUGUAAUCAGCAGCGCUCUCGGGAGCUUCAUCAAGGAGGUGUGGCCUACAAUUCCAAGAGACAUUUCUUUUGUGCUCGUCACGGGUGCAGCAGUCACAUCGCUGCCGUACGAUACAGACGGGAGAUUGAAGUCCGGCGGGACACAUUUAAAGUGGUCACAACAUGAUUUCGAAGAUUUUAUCAACGACACGCGCAUCGCGCAUUGGUUCACACAGAAUUGUGUUGCCCGGCAUCCCAAACUUAGUGCGAUUCCACUUGGAAUCGAUUAUAGGUGGUUGAACAGGGGUGUCAAGAGUGCGGCAAUUAGCCAGGUUCACAAUCCUGGACACGCGUGGGGUCAACACCAAACGCCUCAGCAGCAAGAGCAAACAUUUCUCGAUGUUAUCCGAGCUCAGAAGCCAUGGGCGGAGAGGAUGUCUGCGGCGUAUGCGGAUUUCCAUCUGCAGAUGGACAGCAGACCUGGGAAAGGGUCCCGCAAAGAUGCGCUGGACGAGUUGAGACGGCCUGAGCACAAGUCAAGCAUACAUUGGGCGACUACCAGACGCGACCGCGUGGACAUCUGGAAGGAGUAUGCAGCACAUAAGUACGUGGUCGCACCCCUCGGCGUUGGCUUGGACUGCUAUCGCAUCUGGGAGACCCUUAUUCUCGGCUCGAUUCCCAUCGUGCCUUACAGCGAGUUAGUCGACGACGAGCUCUUCGAGGACCUUCCGGUACAGCGUGUCUCCACGUGGGCAGAGGUCGACGUGGGGGAGUGGAGCCGCUCCGCGCCGCCGGUCGUGGUGAGUCCCUCGGCGUGGAAUCCACAGUUCAGUGAGAAGUUGACGCUGGAGUUCUGGCUCCGCAAGAUAAAGCGGCCGCGCUCCCGCAGCCGUAGGCUGUGCACGGAGGGUUGCUCUCUUGGCUUGCAACGGCCUGCAAAAAUAAUACUAUUCUCAGUACCCCGUCCAGGCCGCCUCCCGCGCGACGCCGCGCCGCGGCCCGCGUCGCAGGGGCGCCCCCCCUCCCUCCGGGGCCGGCAGCGCGAGGGCGCUCGGACGAGCGCGCGCCGCGGGGCGCGAAGGGCGCGAGAGCAGGGGGCUGUCCCUCGCUCGCCGCCGAACCGUGGACCAGCA